AUGGCGGAGGGGAACCCGCGGGGUGAGGGGAGCCAAGGGGAGGAAGAAGAAGAAGAGGAGGAGGAGGUGGUUCUGCCCACCUUGGCCUCCCUGCUGCAGCGCUCCCCAACCUCCCCGCUGCCGCAGCCCCGCAGGUUGGGCCCCCAGCCCGGCUCAUCCCCCGCUGCAGAGCCGGAGGUGAUUGUAGUGGCGAGCAGCGAAGAAGAGGAGGAUGAGGGUGAGGAGGUGGAGGUCGUCCCUCUGAUUGAGCGGAUAAGGAAGGCGGUGGCUUUUGAGCCCUCCCAGGCGGGCGGUGGGGAUGCAGCAGGGGUAGCUGGGGAAGGGCCUUGUGGCAGCAGAAAUAACUCGUGUGGGGUGAGGCCCCCUCAGCCUGACCCCCCACACCAGCCUGAGGGUCUCCUGGUAAAAAGAGCAAGCUCAGGGACAGCCUCCCUUCCCGAAGAACCAAAAGCUAGUUGUAAGAAAAGGAAAGCUGUCAGCCAGGAUGUGUUGCAGAGGAGGAAGGAGCGAGAAGCACAGAAGAGACAGAAGGAGCAGGAGAAAGAGCAGAAGAGAGCCCUGGCCCGGAGGAGGAAAGCUCUGCGACCAGGGGAGUGCCAGAAAUACAUGAGAGUAGCUCUGGAUCCAGUUCUCUUACAGGUAGAAGGUGGUGGACAGAUCUUAAGUGCUUUGCAGGCUGCAAAUUAUUCCUGUGUGGUUGAGAGUCAGGCUGUUCCCUGCAGCAUCUCCUGGAGGAGAAAGACUGUGUCAUCUCAGAUGGAAGAAAGUGAUGAGUGGACUGAGGAACCAAAUGUCCUGGCUCUGCUUCCCUUGGAGGAGUUUUUGUCCAUGGUUCACAACUACAAACAAGAAGCCCAGCACUGCACAGGACAGAAGGAGACCCUCCAGAGCUAUGUAGCUCAAGCAGUGGAGAAAAUACCUGGAAAAAUCCUGGCACUGGCAGUAGUUGGUGUAGAAAGCUAUUUAAGGCAUCAGCCAAAAAAGAGAUUGCAACCAGCAGCAGCCAUUGGAAACACAGAAGAGGAACAGGGAAAACAGAGAAAAAAGAAAGCUAGGGGUUCUGGCCUGGAGAUAACCAGAAAGGAUGUGGAUGAAGCCUUGGUAGAUCUGUACCUGUCCACACAAGUCCAAGUCAGGCUUUUGAAGAGCCAGGAAGAGCUUGGAGAAUUUGCCACCAUGUUCUCAAAAGCUGUGGCUGAAGCACCAUUCAAGAGAGAGCAGGAGAACACAGGCUUCUCUUUCUACUUUGAGAAGCGGUGGUGUGGAGGGGUGAGGGUGCAGCCCUCUGGGAAGGGUCUCCUGGAAGUCUGGAAAAGGCAGAUACAACAAUUCAACCGUGUCAGCCCCGAGAUGGCUGAAGCUAUUGUGUCUGCCUACCCUUCUCCUCAGCUUCUGAUCCAGGCCUACAACAGAUGCUCCUCAGAGCAGGAGAGGGAUUACCUGCUGGCCAACAUCACUGUGCACCGUGGGGAAGGUGUGACAGCCACCUCCCGGCGCAUCGGACCAGACCUCUCCCGGAGAAUCCAUCUGCAGAUGACUUCUCAUGAUCCUGAUCUCUGCUUGGAUGCCACUGGGUAGCCCCAGGGAAGGAGGAUUUUGCAGUUUGGUUGGUUGAAGUGUUCAACUUCCUUCUGGGAAUGGAUAACAAAUAGAAUUGGGGAUCUGAAUUUAAGGACUUAAAAGAUUCAGCCUUUAUUGUAGCAGAAGGCUGGAUAAAAUCAUGGAAUUGCUGGAGCUCACACAUGACAUUUGGUCAACAUCUAUGAGAGUACCAGUUGCACAUGGCUUAUAGUGCCUUUUGUUUAUCUUCUGAGGAAAUAAAUAAUUUUGA